AUGAAUACGAAAGAUCAACACAACAAGCAAAAAGGAAUGAGUGAUACAGAAACUGCUAAGCGCCAUAUAGAAGAGAUUAGGUCCAAAAAGUUCUCCAUUGGUAAAAAGGAGUCCAACCCACUAACGCAUGAUCUUCAUCAUGCUGUUACAAGUUUAUCAGCUGAGCUUUACACUAAAGAUGUUCACUUUCUUAUGGAGCUUAUCCAGAAUGCUGAAGAUAAUGAGUACGAACAGAGUGUAGAGCCAACUCUAGAGUUUAUUUUGACAAAGGAAGACAUAACAGAGACUGGUGCACCGGCCACCUUGUUGAUUUUCAAUAAUGAAGUUGGGUUUUCCAGGAAGAACAUGGAUUCUCUUUGCAGUAUAGGCCGUUCUACAAAGAAGGGAAAGAGACAACAAGGCUUUAUUGGAGAAAAAGGGAUUGGGUUCAAAAGCGUCUUCCUUGUGAGUCAGCAACCGCAUGUAUUUAGCAAUGGUUACCAAGUGAGAUUCAGGGAAGAGCCAAACCCAGACUGUGGUAUUGGGUAUAUAGUGCCUGACUGGGUGAGCAAAAAACCUCAUCUUGCCGAUAUGGCUGAUAUAUAUGGUUCAAACAAAGAAUUGCCCAAGACCAUAUAUAUACUUCCCUUGAAGCCGGAGAAGGUGGAAGCUGUCAAGGCACAGCUCUCAGGGCUACACCCAGAGAUUCUGCUAUUCUUAUCUAAGGUUAAGCGGCUAUAUGUCCGUGAGGAUGACCGUGGUUCCAUAGGAAACGGCAAUGCCUCAAUUGUUUCUAUAGCCAGCGAGACUAGUUGUGUAGAGUUGAGUAGUGAAGGAGCCGAUUCUCGUGUUGUUGAGCUUUCAGUCAACGAGAAAACUUGUGAUAAUGAGGAGACUUGCAGCUAUUUUAUGUGGAGGCAGGCGUUUCCGGUCAAGCCUGAGAAUAAAGUCAGUUCAAGGCUAGACGUGGAUCAGUGGAUUAUAACUCUGGCUUUCCCAUUUGGGAAUAGGUUGAAAUCAAGAGGAAUUUCUUCUGUUGGCGUCUUUUCAUUCUUGCCUACAGCUAUGGUUACAAAUUUUCCCUUUGUUAUUCAAGCGGAUUUUAUACUUGCUUCAUCUCGGGAGUCCAUACUUUUGGACAAUUUAUGGAACUUGGGGAUUUUGGAAUGUGUCCCAGCAGCAUUUGUGAAAGUUUUUCAGACUUGUGUGAGAUCGGAUUUUCUGUUUUCAAUGGCUCAGGUAUUUGAGUUUUUGCCUGCUCGUGCUUCAUCAUAUCCGGAGCUUAACAAAAUAAGGGAUGCCAUUAAAAUCCAGUUAAGGAGUUUAGAAAUUGUGCCAUAUGAAUUGUUUGAUGGUGGAGAACAUUUUGCUAAGCCUAGAAUGGUGGUUAGAAUUCUGCCCACAUUUCGUCUCCUCUUGUCUAAAUGCAAGAAGGAAGGAGCUUCCUUGCAUGGUUUACUUGGAUUGAGCAAGGUUUUGCACUCGUCCCUGGAUCUCGAAAAAUUCACUCCAAUUCUGGACUUUCUUGGUGUGGCAUACCCUGAUCGAAGUAUUGAUUGGUAUGCAAAAUGCAUAGAAUCCUGCAAUCUUGUUACUCAAGAUUCAAUAGAGAUUUACAUGGAGCUACUAUGUUUUGUUGCUGAGAAUGAAAAAAAUGCGUCUGUCACAUACUUUCGACAUUUACCGCUUUUGAAAUUCAUUAACCGAGAAGGGAAUGUGGAACGGUGUUCCAUUUCCCAGACCAUGAAAGGAGAAGUUACAAUUAGAUAUGCUCUAGAGCAGAAGUUACACUCUUGGCUAAGUAUGUGCAGCAUAGCUUUUGGUUGUUUUAACAAAGUAUAUUUCUUACCCAACGACACUCAAAAGUCUCUUGUAAGACACUUGAAAUUUUCAAAAAUCCGUUAUUGGCUAUCAAACGGUGCACAGGUAAAAUCAUUCUUGGCUUAUGAUUAUGCUUACAUGCUCAUCCAUUGUGUACCAGAAAAUAGGAAAGAUCUCACAAUUCUUGUUGCCCAUUUCCUCUAUCAAGCCCAUAAGAAACAUUUCAUUGAUGAGAGUAAGAUUUACGAUCUCUGUGUUGAUUUGCCUGUAAUCGAUGGUUGUAAUCAUGUACAUGUUAGAAAGGAGAAGAGUGUAACACUUGUUCCUGUGUACAGGAGCAAGUGGGCCAAAUUAUUUGGGCCUUGCAAUCCGUAUCUUGAUCAAAAUUACAUUGAUGUUGGGGAUGUAUAUGCUAAGAGCAGUUCAUUUUUGGGAGAAUUUACUCUUGAUAAAGUUGUUCUUGACUUUAUUUGCAAGUAUACCAAAGCUAUGGAUCUACCUGAGCUAACUCCUCCAAACUUGGAGUUAAAAAUAGCUUCUUCUCCACUGUCAAUGGAACAAGUGUUUAUGCUUCUCGAUUGGAUUAGGUUACUUCGAACUAGGGGCCUGUGUAUACCCGAAAGAUUCAAGGCAAGCAUUCAAGAUGGAAAAUGGUUGAAAACAUACAUGGGUUAUAAUUCUCCAAGGCAGUCCAUUCUUCCUGAUGAAACAGGCAAAUCAAUGUUUGAUAUGGUGAAGCAUGUUCUCAAGGAUAUAUCAGUUAUAAAACAAGAGUUCUACACUGACAAAAUCAGUAUGUAUCAAGAUGAGUUGGCAUUUCUUGGUGUGGCAUUUGGGUCUAAUGACGUGCAGAGAUUAAUUGCUGGUCGGUUUGUCUCUCUUGCUUCUUCUGGAAUCAGAAAAGAGUGGGCUUUUUCUUUGUUGAAGUUCAUUGGUUUCUUGAACAGAAGGAAAAUAGUUGAUGAGGAAUGGUUGCAAGCCAUGAAGAGGGGUAAGUGGUUGAAGACUCAUCAAGGUUACAGUUCUCCUGAGGGAACUAUUCUCUUGUCUAAGAUAGAAAUAUCCUCCUGUUUGGCUACUCGAAAUCUUUUUCUUAUUGAUGAAGCUUAUUAUGAUGGCAAUUUAGGCUCUUUCUUAUCUGAACUAAAGAUUCUUGGAGUUACGACUGACCAUGCCGAAUCAAUGAAAUUGAUUGCAGAAAAUGCAAGUUUUCAUCCAAAUCUGCCUUCUGUAACUGCUGAUUGUGGUCUGCUUAUGCUUAAAUGCAUCAAAUUUUCUGGCACUUCUGCCACUGGCUUGAUUGAGAGGAUUAAAGAGAAACCUUGGUUAAAGACGAACUCUGGAUUCAACAGCCCUUUAGAAACUACUUAUCCUAAUUCAAUAUGGGGUUCUUUGGUGAGAGCUUUACAGAUUCCUACAGUUGAUGAACUCUACUAUGGGGGUGAGCUUUUACAUUAUCUUAGUGAACUAAGUGCAACUGGAGUGGCAGUUGAUACUGCUAGUAUAAUUGAAAAGGUUUCUGCUAAGUUUAAGUCUCUCUCACUUUCUUUCAAACUGGGACCUGAUAUGGUGCUAUCAAUUUUAAAGUGUUUUAAAGAAAUGAGACAAACUUUACCUUCAGGAUGCUUCGAACUGCAGUGCUUGUUAAAUGAGAAGUGGUUAAAAACUCGUCAUGGUUACAAGGCUCCAAGCCAAUCGAUUAUUUUCAGUAUGAACUGGGGAGCAGUCUCGCCUUUUGUUGACCUUCCGCUGAUUGAUGAUGGGUUCUACAGCAUUUUCAUAUACAAGUACAAGGAUGAACUACAAAUGUUGGGUGCCAUUACUGACUUUGAGGGUGGUGCUGAACUUGUUCUUGAAGGUCUAAGGUGUCCUAUUGAACCUGAAUUUAUCACGGCUGCUGGCACAAUGGCAUUGUUGAAAUGCCUAAAAUCUGUCAUGUCCAAGUCUCCUGAUCAGAUAUUGCCUGACAACUUUCUCAAGAACAUUGUUAAAAGCAAGUUUUUAAAGACAACAAAUGGUUACCCAGUUCCCGAAGAAUGUGUUCUUUUUGAUUCAGCCUGGGAAAAUGCUUUGAAUCAGACUGAUGUACCAAGUAUUGACUUGAAGUAUUAUGAAUCGGACAUAUCUGUGUACAAGGAGCAGUUGAGAGCCAUUGGUGUAAAAAUAGAUUCUAUGGAGGUUUGUUCUCUUAUUUCUCAGCAACUCUAUUCUCAGACAAACACAUCUUUGAUAAUAAGGUUAUAUACAUUCCUUGGCUUGUUCAACUGGAAGCCAGAGAAUCCAGAUGAGUUCAACUCCCUUGUCUGGAUACCAAGCGAUGUUGGUGACAAGGGAAAAUGGAUUAAGUCCACACAAUGUAUUCUUAAUGACAGCAACGAUCUAUUUGGCUCUCACUUGCAUUAUCUUUCUCGAUUUUACGAGCCAGAAUUGCUACCUUUAUUUUUGUCAGCCUUUAGUGUUAGAGAAUUUCCGUCGCUGGAUGACUAUUUCCAGUUAUGGAAUGAUUGGACUUCAAGCAACGAAGGUGUUUCGAAGGUAAAAUGCCACCUUUUUUGGGAAGGCAUCUCAAAAUAUUGGAAGGCAGAAACCAGAGAGGCUUUCAAGCAACAUUUGACCAAACUAUCUGCCACCACAUGUUUGAAUGACAAGAUUCACUUGGUGGACAAGGAAAAUGUUUUUAUACCAGAUGAUUUGCGUUUGAAGAAUAUUUUUGGAAGUGUUUCACUUCCUUUGUUCGUUUGGCUCCCCGAUGUUGGCACCUUAUCAUCUUCCUUGGGGGUACUCAAGAUGAUCUAUCGCUCUCUAGGAGUGAAAAAAUUGAGUGAUUCUGUCAAAGUGGGGAGCUUAUUUGCAGAAGAUACACCAAAGAAACUCAUGCCAAAAAAGGGGCUGAUCGAAAAAGGUCUCAUCAAAAUCAUAUUGGCUUUUCUUGCUGGUCCUCUGCUUAAUAUUAUGCAGGUAAAAAUGAGACAACAGAUUGCUACUACUCUUCUUAACCUCUCCCUGUACGUGAGUGAGCAGCCAAUUAAAGUCACCUACUUCCUGACCCCAUAUGCGAAUGAAGCAGUGAAAGCAGAAGCAAAGAAAAUGGUUUUCUGGGACAAAAGCUCUAAGCAGUUGAUCAUUGACAAAUCAGGCUAUGAAAAUAGAAGAAGUAGCGCCGAGUUUGCAUCAUGUUUUGCUCAAGAAAUUUCGCAGGGACUGCUGCCAGAAGGAAGAGCAUUUAUAGUGGAUAGUCUCAGUAGGAUUAUACACAUGGGAUUUAUGUACGAGUUCAAGGAAGACUCAGUUGACUAUUUGUUAGUGAGAGAGAAUCUAGAGAUCUUAAAUGAAGACGACAAGUUUCUUGCUUCUGCAUUCCUCGCUGCCAAACAGAGUGGUAAAAGAACAGAGGAAGUGGUUCCCAACACACCGUUGACUCCAUGCAAAAAGGUGUGCAGGAGGCUACUGCUGCCUUGAUCCUUGUUCUGGUACGACAAUGUAUCUAUGUCGUUUUUGAAUGUGCCUUUUGUUAUGUAUAUAUUAUUGUAUUAUAUUUCGCUUUUGGAUGUCUCAUACCACAAUGAUAUUAUAUGUAAAACUCAUCAGUCUUUGGCUUUUGUGAUGGCUUGUAAAUACCCCAAAGCUAAGCUUUAUGUUCUUCGACUCUUGUUAUGUAAUCUGAGCCAAAGCGAAACUCGCUUAAAUUUCUGCUU